AUGGGAGAGUUUAAAUCACAACUUAGAACUUUACUCAAAAAAAAUCUUUUACUAAAAGGUAAAUCAAAAUGUGCAAUUUGUUGCGAAAUUUUAUUCCCGAUUAUUGUUAUUUUAGUAAUUUUUGCAAUUUUAGUUUUGGUUAUGGCAUUUAAAGCAAAUUAUGAUCCAUAUAAUGCAAGUAACUUUGUUAAUAGAUUUGAAAAUACAGUAUUACUUUAUGGUAAUGCAGAUGGAGCAUUAAAUGUUGAACAAUUAGGAGUUAUGAAUAUUUUAAAGAAUGAAGUUGCAACAGCAAAAAAUUUGAAUUCAACACAAAUUGAUCAACUUUUUAUAGAGAUUAAUGAUCAAACAGCAAUGGAAGCAUUCUUUCAAAAUAAAUCAGAUUUUGUAUUUUCUGCAGUUUGGUUUAAUAAUAGUGCAUUAUCAAGUGGUACCAAUCCAUUUCAAUAUAAUAUUAGAGUUGAUAGUGAUGACGUUAUGGACACUGAAGAGUUGAUUAAAGAGGAUGAUACAUCAGAUAGUGAAGUUUAUGUAAAGAAACGUUUUGUUGCAACACAAGUUGCAAUGGAUCAAGCAAUCUUUAGUUACUUUGGUUUAAAUAAAACAUUAAAUGUAAAGGGUCAACGUUAUCCAGAUCCAUGGACAGAAUUAUGGCAAAAAUGGAUCCAAGGUAGAGAUGGUAUUUUCAAAGACGCAGGUUCAGUAUUUAUCACAGCAGCAUUAAUGAUUUUUGGUUUCCGUUUAAUAACAGAUUUAGUAAUUGAAAAAGAAACUAAAAUUCGUGAAUCAAUGAAAAUGAUGGGUUUAAAUGAUUUGGCUUAUUUCAUCUCUUGGAUGAUUACAAGUUUAGUAACUGCUCUACCAGUUAAUUUAAUAAUUUCAAUUAUUUUAAAAGGUUCAUCAGUAAUUCAUCAUACAAAUUGGGGAGUUGUAAUAUUUACAUUAAUUCUUUAUCUUUUAACUUUAUUACUCUUGGCAUUCAUAUUAAGUAUGUUUUUUGAUAAAUCCAAAUUUUGUGGUUUACUUUCUUUUGUAAUUAUUAUUGCAAUUAAUAUUGGUGGUAUUUUCGUUGCAAAAUAUGAUUUUGCUCCAGGUGCUAAAUUAUUCCUUUGUUUAAUUUCACCAAUUGCAAUUGCAUGUUCAAUUUUUGCAAUGAGUGCUAGAGAUUUAGAAGAAAUUAAUACUUAUAAUUGGGAUAUGAUGGUAACUGAAAAUCAAGUAAUUGGAAUGUUAGUUUUAGAUAUUUUCUUUUAUAUAUUUUUAGUUUGGUAUUUAGAUAAUGUUGUAACAACUGAAUUUGGUACAAAACAAAAAUGGUAUUUCUUAUUUACUAAAAAAUAUUGGUUCCCAAAGAAAUGUAAUGAAAAUGGUGAUGAACAAGAUAUUGAAUCAACUUAUCAAAAUGAAGAUGUUGAAAUGACACCAGUUGGAGUUGGUCAAAAAGUUACAAUUUCAAUUCGUAAUCUUAGAAAAGAAUAUAAUACUGGUGAUGGUUUAAGAGUUGCAGUUAAUGAUUUAUAUUUAGAUAUGUAUGAAAAUCAAAUUCAUGCAUUGCUUGGUCCAAAUGGUAGUGGUAAAUCAACAACCAUUGGUAUGAUGACAGGUUUAACACCUCCAACUAAUGGUAACGCAUUUGUUCAUGGUUAUGGUAUUUUAAAUCAAAUGUCAUCCGUCAGAAAACAUCUUGGUGUUUGUCCACAAACUGAUAUCAUUUGGCAACAAUUGACAGUAUUGGAUCAUUUGAAAAUCUAUGCAUCAUUAAAAGGUGUUUCACCAUCUGAAAUUCAAAGAGAAGCUGAAAAAAUGGCCGUUGAAGUUGAUCUUGGAGAAAAAAUUCAUAGUCAAGCUGGUUCAUUGUCUGGUGGUCAAAAACGUAAACUUUGUCUUGGUAUUGCUUUCAUUGGUAGAUCAGAUGUCAUCUUUUUGGAUGAAGUUUCAUCUGGUAUGGAUCCAUUAAGUAGAAGAGUUGUUUGGGACUUUUUAUUAAAAUAUAAAAAAGGUAGAACUAUCAUUCUCACAACUCAUUAUUUAGAAGAAGCCGAUUAUUUGGGUGAUCGUAUUGCAAUUAUUUCUCAUGGUAAAUUACGUUGUGAUGGUUCAUCACUUUAUUUAAAAAAUAAAUUUGGUUGUGGUUAUCUUUUAACUUGUAGUAAAAUAUUAUCAUCAAUGAAUAACUUUAACGCUCAACAAGUUACAGAAUUUAUUCAUAAUUAUAUUCCAGAAGCUACCAUUUUAUCAAAUGCAGGUACUGAAUUAAGUUAUCGUCUUCCAACUGCAUCUUUACCACAUUUCGCCCAAUUUUUCCGUGAAUUUGAUGAUAGAUUACAAUCAUUUGGUUUACUUACUUAUGGUAUUUCAGUUACAACAUUGGAAGAGGUAUUCCUUAGUCUUGGUCGUGAAGCUGCAUUGGAGAAAGGUGGUUUCAAUAUUGAUCAAAAUGAAAAUCAAGAUCUUGAACAACUUAGAAAAUCAAUUGCAAUUAGUUCAACUGGUGUUAAAGCUGGCCAACAAUUUAAAGGUCUAUUGAUUAAACGUAUUAAAACUUCAAUUAAAGAUGCAAAAUCAUUCUUUUUAACAUUGGUAAUUCCAUUGGUUUUCAUUAUUGGUUCAAUUAUUAUGUAUAAAGCAAUGGAUAAACCACAAAUUUUCUAUAAUAAUGCUACCGUUCCAUUAACUAUGAAUCUUGGUAUCUAUUCAGGUUUAGAAAAUAAUUUUGUACCAAUGCAAUCAUCAAAUGAACUAAAUUGGGAAAAUUCUUUAAAUUCAAGUCCAUACUUUAAUAAAUUUAGAUUUAUUCCACAAACAGAAAACUUUGAAGAUUAUUUAAUUGAAGGUAAAACAAAUGGUUCUUUUGCUUAUAAAUCAUCAGCUGGUGCAAUUAACUUUACCUUACCAAUUGAUGUUUCAUCAACAACAAUUGAUUAUACAGCAUUUUAUAAUAAGGAUUAUAUUCAUUCAUUACCAGUUCAUAUUAAUUUAGUGAAUGAUGCCGUAUUAAGAAAACAUAAUAACAUUGGUAUUCAAGUUACAAAUAUGCCAUUUAAACAUGUUUUAUCAAAUUUCGAUCUUGCAAGUGAAGGUAUGAAUAUUUCAUCAAUCGUUUACUUUAUUAUUAUUAUGAUGGCAGGUUAUGCAUUAAUGGCAGGUUCAUUCGCUGGUAAUGUUGCACAAGAACGUACCAAUCGUGUAAAGAGAUUACUUUAUAUUUCAGGUUGUAAGAAAUAUGUUUAUUGGUUAUCAAAUUUAGUUUGGGAUUAUUUCUUUUCAUUCAUUCUUAUUCUAUUGACAACUUGUAUCUUGGCAGGUAUUCGUGAAAAUUAUAAAUCUCAAUUUGGUCUUAUGUUCCUUUGUUUAAUUUUAUUCUGUGUCUCUGUUGUACCAUUAUCUUAUUUAUUAUCUUAUAGAUUCGCUAGUUUUGGUAAAGCAACUGGUGCAAUCACUGCAAUUCAUUUUGCAAUUGGUAUUAUUUUCGUAAUUAUUAGUCUUAAUCUUCGUAUUCAAGUACUCAUUGAUCAAGAUGUUGAUUUCCAAAAAGCUGCAGAUGCUGUUGAUAUAGUUUUCUGUAUCCUCUCACCAUUGUUUGCCUAUAGUAGAAUUCUUUUCUUAGUUUCUGAAUUCCCAGGUUCUGUACGUGUUGGUACACUUAAAGUCGAUAAUUAUUGGUCAAUGGAUUAUGGUGGUUCACCAAUGAUCAUUCUUGCAGCUCAUUGUAUCGUUUGGGUAUCUUGGAUUAUGAUUUUAGAUUAUACUCCAGAAUUAAUUGGUAAAAUUAGAAAUCCAAAGAAUAUUGAAGCUCCACCACCACCAGAUGAUGAAGAUUCAGAUGUUACCGCCGAAAGAACUAGACUCUUAUCAGUGGGUCCAAAUGAUGAACCACUUCAAUUUAGAAAUCUUCAUAAAUUAUUCCCAGCAGUUGGUAAAGCUGCUCCAAAGGCCGCUGUUUAUAAUUCAACUUUAUCUAUUCCAAAAGGUCAAACCUUUGGUCUCUUGGGUUUAAAUGGUGCUGGUAAAACCACUACUAUUGCAAUGCUUUGUGGUGAUAUUGUACCAUCUUCUGGUGAAGUUACAAUCAAUGGUCAUGAUUUAAUCACUGAUAGAGGUCAAGCAUUAAGAAGCAAUGGUUUAUGUCCACAAUUUGAUGCUCUCAUCACAUUAUUAUCUGCUCGUGAACAAUUAACAUUAUAUUGCGCAAUUAAAGGUGUUCCAGAGGAUAAAGUUAAAGAAGUUGUUGAAGCUUUCAUUAAAAUGAUGGAUCUUGGUGCUAUUGCAAAUUCAAAUACUGGAGGCUAUUCAGGUGGUAAUAAGAGAAAGACUUCAUUGUCAAUUGCAAUGUUGGGUAAUCCAUCUAUUGUCUCGCUCGAUGAACCUUCCACUGGUUGUGAUGCUGUCGUUAGAAAAUAUAUUUGGAAUGUAGUUAGUGAACUUGCUAAAGAUAAAGUUAUCAUUCUCACAAGUCAUAGUAUGGCAGAGGUUGAAGCUUUAUGCUAUAGAAUGACCAUCAUGAGAGAUGGUAAAAUGAAAUGUUUAGGUUCCAUUCAACAUAUUAAAUCCAAAUUUGGUGCUGGUUAUACUUUUGAUGUUAAAUUUAAGAAGGAAUAUUUAGAUAGUGGUAUUCAAACCGUUCUCAAAGCAAUUCCAAACUCUAUUGUCUUGGAUGAACAUGAUGUUAUGGCAAGUUUCGAAAUUCCAAAUCCACCUGAUAAUCCUGUUAAAAUUUCAACUCUAUUCGAAUCACUCUCUCAUUUAACCAUUUUAGAUGAUUACAAUGUUAGUCAAACAUCUUUAGAAAGUGUUUUCCUUAAACUUACUGGUGCUUCUUAUGAAGAUCGUUUAAAUUUAAAUAAUCAAAAACAUACUUCCGAUUAA